UUUUUGGAUAUAGAAGGUUGGUUGCUGUGGAUUGGAUUUUACCCAGACGGUGUUGUGUUUAUGCGUUUGGUGUUGAUGGGGAUAACCAUCUUGUACCAUGAUGGAGGGAAGUUUGUUAAACGAGGAUAUGAUGUUGUAUACGAUGGAGGAAAGGAGAUCAAAAUUUCACAAAUGGACACAGACAUCAGCUAUUUGUCAUUUGUUCAGUGUGAGAGAAUUUAUAAAAGGCUCCGUAUACGAUGUAUAUGUUGAUCAUGUCUUAUGCGAUGGUGUACUGGAUGGAGGAAUUGUUGCACAGCAAAACAAUGUUGUUGG